GGAAAACUUAAAAACCAAAAUAUUUAGGCUUUGGUGUGAGCUGCGAUAUAAAAGCCCUUCGAGCCAUUUUCAGAAUCAGCAGCGGAGAACCCUAAUUUGCCCGAGUGUUAUUCACCAUGACAUUCAAGCGCAGGAACGGAGGUCGCAACAAGCAUGGUCGUGGCCAUGUAAAGUUCAUCAGGUGCUCCAACUGCGGCAAAUGCUGCCCCAAGGACAAGAGCAUCAAAAGAUUUUUAGUCCGAAACAUUGUAGAACAGGCUGCCGUUAGAGAUGUGCAAGAGGCUUGUGUGUAUGAACAAUACACUCUCCCUAAAUUGUAUGUGAAAAUGCAAUAUUGCGUCUCAUGUGCUAUCCACUCUCAUGUUGUGCGCGUUCGAUCACGCACAAACAGGAGGAAGCGUGAGCCUCCACAGCGUUUCAUCAGGCGCAGGGAUGAUGCCCCAAGGCCAGGUCAGCCCGGUCAAGCACCUCGUCCUGCAGGUGCAGGAGCUCCUGCCCGUGCUUGAAAGCAAAUAUUAAGAUUUUUGGUCUUGUUGGAUCAGUUUCAUAUGAUAAACCGAAUUUCUUUGCUGCUUGAAUUUUGAAAUUUCAGUUUUUUUAGGGAUAUUAUGUUUUCUUCUAUUUGUAUGCUUUAUUCCAUGGGUGAUACCUACAUUUUCAAUUGUUAUAAUUUGGUGGUUUUGAUGAGAAUGGACCUUGAUUUAGCCGACUAUUUUGUGAACUAAUAGAAGCUAGACUUGGCACAGCUUAACAAUGACUGGUCAGUUCAAAAUGAGAGAUUAUGAAGCAAACAGAGGAACAACUGUGAGUAAUGUCUUUGCUUAGCAAUUUCUCGUUUCCUAAAAUAUGUUGAAGAUGCGCCUCCUUACCUGGUUGGUUGGAACAGCAGUCAGCUCAGUAGUUUCCUUUUAUUGUAUGUUGGAGAAUUUCCUCCUCACUCUACAGUCUACCC